UAGGUUGAUACUCGCUAUCUGGUAGUCCAUCAGGUUGUAGAAAAUACCGAACGCUCUCUUCGAGCAGAAAAAAAGCGGAGUUUGACGAAGCGCGCCUCGCUUACCUGAUUCCGAUGCAUUCGAGAACUUCAUAUUCAUAAAGUUAAUUGGAGGGAGAGGGUAUGGGUCAUCGACAAACUCAUUUGCUCUCUCGAAGAAAAGUUCCAAAUCGCAUUUGUAUCAUGUAUGCUCCUCAAGCCCCUCCACAAGCCUACGGUCAACCGCAGGUGUACCCACCAGCUUAUUCUCAGCCUAUCCAGCAGCAGACCGUGUAUGCCACUCCGCAGCCGAACUAUGUCCCACAACCGAUCUAUACUGCCCAACCUGCUAUGACCCAGGUUGGAGUUGUCACCGCACUCCCAACCACGAAUGUCGUUGUCGUAUCACAAGCGGUUCACCGCCCACCCAAGGACUGGAAUCAUUCCAUUUUUGAUUGCUUCGGCAACUGCGGUAUCUGUGCCCUUGCAUGUUGUUGUCCAUGUGUCGUGUACGGAAUGAACAAGAAAGAUCUGAGUAGACGUUCAAGCUGGGUUGGGGACUGUAUUAUGUACGCCCUAACAUCUUGCUUUGGUCUUUACUCUUGCGUUGGGGGUGGCGGUCGAACAACAAUUCGGGCAAAGUAUAACAUUCGGGGCGACAGCUGCGGUGACUGCUGCUGCCACCUGCUAUGUACCCCAUGCGCUUUAACCCAAGAAAGAAUGGAGAUUGACGAGAUGAUAGCUGCUGGCUUGAAUUGAUGACACAUUUUGUAACUCUGUGUACGAAUUUCACCGUUUUGCUGUUGCCAACAUUUUGAACGAGGGGUUUCUCGUGCUUCGUUUUCCCUUUUGUGAACAAAGAUGGAUACUUGCUAUGGAGAUGUGCACAUGCCUUGACCACGCGAGAUCGGCAUAAGGAGCUAGCUACAAAGUACUUUUAAUCGAUAUCACAAAGUCA